UCAGCGCCAUCAGCGGGUUCAGCUUGAGGGUCUCUAGUCGCUGUAAGCCUGUAACGAGAGCUAGUGAAAAAAUAGCGACUCCAGGAUCUCCUUAAUUCGUUUGAUCCGUUUUAUACAUGUUCUAACCGUAUUAUACGUUUUUAUACGUAGGAAAUGUUGAAAAGUGCGCGCAGCGCCAAAAUGCCCAACCCUGGUCGUGAGUCGAGGAAGACUUCUUCGAGGAAGCAUAAAAGCAAAAAAAGGAAGUUAUCUUCAUCCUCACCUUCGUCAACAACCUCGAGCAGAUCCAGCAGUCACUCGUCCACGGAUUCGUCUUCGGACUCCACGAAAUUGCUGGAGAAGCUGCAGAAGCAGCGGCAGAAGCAGGUCGAGGAUCGCAAACGUCAGAAAGAAGUGAUGAAGGCUACGGAGACGCCGGAAGAGAAGCGCCUACGUCGCCUUAAGAAGAAAGAGGCGAAGGAACGCAGGCGCAAGGAGAGAAUGGGCUGGGACAAUGAUUAUCUGCAUUAUACCAAUACAGACAAUCCAUUUGGAGAUGGCAACAUUCUAUCCACUUUCGUGUGGUCGAAGAAGCUGGGAAAGGAGGGUCUGCUCGGCGUGGGCCGGGAGGAGCUGGAGAUGCGCAACAGGCACAAGCAGGAGGAGAAUAAACGGGAGUUGGAGAAGGUGAAAAAGAGGAGACAGGAGAGGGAACUCGAGCGGCAGCAGCGAGAGGAGGAGAUGACCAUGUUGCAGCGGGGCAAAGAAGCUGCGCAGUUGGAGCAGUGGGCCAGGCAGGAGGAUCAGUUUCACCUGGAGCAGGCCAGGCUGAGGUCGCGCAUUAGGAUCCAGGAUGGUCGCGCGAAGCCCAUCGACCUCCUCGCGAAAUACAUCAAUGCAGAGGAGGAGGUUGACGCAGUGGAGAUGCACGAGCCGUACACGUACUUGCGAGGCUUACAGGUUAAGGACUUGGAGGAUCUGAUAGAGGACAUAAAGGUCUACAAGGAGCUGGAGCGCGGCAAGAACUUGGAUUACUGGAACGACAUAACGGUGAUCGUGGAGGACGAGCUGCACAAACUCAGGAAGCUAGAACGGACGGAAUACGAAGUUGCCGUUGGCAGAAGGGAAGGGAUUCAUGAAUCGGUCGCCAAGGACGUCACGUCUAUCUUUAAGGGCAAAACCGCAACGCAACUGGAAGCUUUGCAGUUGCAGAUCCAGGCGAAAAUCACGGGGAAGCCGGAAGGCGUCGAUAUUGGAUACUGGGAGAGUCUUUUGUCACAGCUGAAAGCUCACAUGGCGAGGGCGCGGCUCAGAGAUCGCCACCAAGAGAAUCUGCGCAAGAAGCUAGAGGUCCUCAUUGCCGAGCAAGGCGUCGCCAGAACGGAGACCGAGGCUGAAGGCUCGCAAGCCCAGGAAAGUGAACCGUUGACGAAGCAAGAUGAGCCUUCCACGAGCGCGGCAAUCGAGAAGAACGAAAACAGUCAGUCAGAGGACGAUGAGGAAACCAACGUUGCCGACGAUUUGCUGUCCGAGUCCUUCCGCGAGUACGAGCUAGGUGGCUACUCGCCGGUCUACGUAACGUACUCGCAGCUCGAGCCAGGCACGAUCGUCACGCUGGAGGACGACGACAACCAGCGGUUGGAAUACGCGAGGCAGCAGGUCCUCAGCACCGGCAGGAAGAUCCAAAACGUAAUGACGAGCGAGGAGCAGGCGAUGCAUCGCGAGGCGCGCAAGGGCAUGGGCUCCGACGAGGCGCAGUUCAGCGUCGAGUCGUCGCUCGAGGCGCAGAUUUAUCUAUGGUCCGACAAGUAUCGGCCGCGCAAACCGCGCUACUUCAAUCGCGUGCACACCGGCUUCGAGUGGAACAAGUAUAAUCAGACGCAUUACGACAUGGACAACCCGCCGCCGAAGAUCGUGCAAGGCUACAAGUUCAAUAUCUUCUAUCCGGACCUCAUCGACAAGAAUACCACGCCGGAAUACUUUUUGGCUUUCUGCGAGGAGCAGCCGGAGAGGCCGAAGACGGCGAGUCUCGAGCGACCGAGCGUGCUGGAUCCAACGCUGGUGGACAAGCUGGACAUGUCGCUACUGAGUAAGGAGCUGCUGCGCGACUCGAUUACGCAUUUCCAUCGUUCGGCGAGCAAGCCGGUCGGUGGGGGCACCGCGACGUCCUCCUCGUCGCUCUCGUCGUCAUCGUCGUCCUUGUCGUUGUCAUCACCGUUGUCAUUGUUGCCAUCGCCGACGUUGCUCGCACAACCGCUCGCACGACGCGCCGCCACGACCACGAUAACGUCCACCACUUGGUCGUCCCACGACGACGUCCCAGUGCGCCGCCAGCGUCAGUUCUUCGAGCAGAUUUACGCGCAGCAGAUCGCCCGCCGGAUGGAGGAGGUUGAUCGAUCACGAUCGCCCGGAAGGGGCGAGAAAACGUCACCCGGCGCCGCGACGCAUGAUCACGCAGCUGCUACCAAACGGAGCCCCGACGUCAGGAAGCUCGACGAUAACAAUAAUAGGAAUGGUCCUCCCAAGUUGUCAACCGUGAAGAAGAAGAACUCACGAGUCGGUCUAUCGACUGAUCUGGAAAUAUUCACCACCGCGUCGGCGAAGAAUCUCGCUCCGGAGCCGUGCAAGACCUGCGGACGUCCCGACCAACCGGAGAGGUUCCACAGCCAUCCGAAGGGCAGUCAGAAGAUCAAGGAUAUUCCGACAACGACAGCGACUGUGAAGAAGCUGAAGACGAUCGUGCCGCCAGUGCCCAAGUCCAUCCAGAAACCGGUGGCGUUGAACUUCCGCAGCGAUCGUAACAAAAACAGACCGGAAGAUAUCGAGGCGCGGUCGAAGCCCGUCACUCCUCAGGAUCGUCAGGAUUCAGCCGAGGUCAGGGCGUCGUCUGCGCCGAACAAGCGAGGUCCCAAGACCAUCACGUGUUACGUGUGCGGUCGAGAAUUUGGCACCGCUAGCUUCCCUAUACACGAGCCCAGGUGCCUCGAGAAAUGGGAGAGAGAGAAUAAUUCGUUGCCCGCGGCCCAAAGACGACCCAGGCCCCAGAGGCCGACCGUUGGGACCGAGCAUAGCGAUUGGAACGCAGCCGCAUGGGAGCAGAGCCAGGAGCAAUUAGUUCCGUGCGCGAAGUGUGGAAGGACAUUCUUGCCGGAACGACUACCAGUCCACGAAAGAAGCUGCAAAGCCACACCGAAGAAUAACGACCCGAGAAUCGAGCGAAUGUCCGCAUCGGCGACCACGCGCAACGCCAUGCCGCCCACCGUUCCCUGUCAAAUUUGUGGUCGAAAAUUCGGCAGCAGAAGCAUCAAGAUCCAUGAGCCUCAGUGCAAUAGACGGUGGCUAGCGCAGAACAAUUCGGCGAGCCCGCAGAAGAGUCAUUCGGCAGUCUACGAGAAUAGUCAGGAAAGUUCGAUGUAUCCGGAUUUGACGCAGAAAAAGACCGUUACGUGUUACAUAUGCGGCAGGGAUUUCGGAACCUCCAGCAUCGCCAUUCACGAACCGCAGUGCCUGAAGAAGUGGCACAUUCAGAAUGACAAAUUAUCGCCGGCACGAAGGAGGAAGGAACCGCAGAAACCCGAGGUCAUCUAUACACAGGAUCAUCAGGGAAAUAUGAUUGUCGAUCAGGCAGCAACCACAGAGGCCAACUGGGUGUCGCACCUGAGCCAGCUGGUGCCGUGCAAGAGCUGUGGCAGGACCUUCAAUCCCGAUCGCGUCAACAUCCACGAGAAAAGCUGCAAAGGGACUCGCUGAGGGCUCGGAUCGGCGCAAAAAUGUUUCCGUUCGGUUGAAUUUUCGAAGGCCAACAUGAUUUUUGGUCAGAUCUAGAUCCAACCGCGUAUAACUGAUAGAGUGUAGUGAUCCAAUUGCUAUAACAUAUAUACUUUUUGGAAGCGAGUUACGUGGAAUUUACAACGGCGACUUGCGUACAUUUUUCUAACAUAGCGUUCGAUACCAACUCGCAAUCGAAUCCUAUUUAGCUCUAUCUUUUUUAUGCGAUGUAUAUUAUAUAUAUGACAUAUAUAAUUUUUUCCAAGCAGCAAAGCGACAUCAGGAGACAAUUAUGUUGUCAUAGAUGUUAUCGUCUGACGUCAUUCUAUUACUUGGAUCGUUGCAUAGAGAGCUUUUAUUUUUAUUUCUCUCUCUCUCUUUCUCUUUCGAUGGUUUAUGUUACAUUGAUUAAUUUGGACUUGAUGUCUUCAAUUCGCUAAAUAUAGAGAGAGAGUUUCUGUCAUAUUUAAUUUAUUCCUACUUUUUCGUUAACAGUUGCUUCAUGUGUUAUUGAUUAACUUGGAUUUGAUGCUUUCAAUAUGUUAAAUAUAAUUUUUUGUGUUAAUAAUUUAUUUCUACUAGGUUAACUUAACGAACGGUUUACACGUCACUAAUCAACUUUGCUCAAUCGGUUUUUCCCUGGUAAUAAAUAUUAACGGAAGUACUAAUAUCAAAUCAAAGUAAGAAUUAAAAGUCGAUAAUUCGUCCGUAUGAUUUUAAUACACGAUGCUCGAUAUGCACUCUGCGUGAACUUUACGCGACACGAAUGUUACCUACCGCCAGGUCACCGUCGACAAGUUUUGUGUAUGUAUAUUUCUGGGGCAUAUGUAUACCAUCACGCGCACCCACGCACGUUAAUUUUUUAAGUUAUAUCUCCAGUUAUUCAUAUCGCGCUGUACAAAGCGUCUCCCACGCGGAAUUGUCAUAUCCACUCUAGUUUGUAAAUUCUUUGAAAGUCCGAAAGCAAUUUCGAUCUUGAUACGAACGGUAUAGUUUACAACACUGAGUGUCCUUGCAUCUGACUCAAAUGAACAGUUUUGUAAAAUAAAAUCUACUUAUGAAAAACA